AUGUUUAAAUUAUUAAUAAUUUCGUGUACAAUAUAUCUGGCCUUUGGUGGCCUAAUAACCGAUAAUAAUAGUAACAGUGAUUAUGAGUUUACUGGUAAAAGUUGGGUAGUAUUGUGCUCAGGUAGCUCCGGUUGGAGUGACUAUGCUCAUCAGGCUAACGUUUAUCACGCGUAUCAAACAUUCCGAGCCCGGGGUAUACCCGAGGAAAACAUCAUAAUCUUUCAUUACGACAACAUAGCCAACAGUACAUCCAAUCCGACACCCGGUGUUGUUAUCAAUUCGCCUACCGGUCCCAAUGUCUACAUAAAUAUACCCAAACAUUAUACCGGCUAUGAUGUUAAUCCAGAGACUUUUCUCAAAGUACUUAAAGGUGACAAAGAGCUGGAAUCGCAGGGAAAACGUGUACUAAAAUCGGGACCCAAUGAUCACGUUUUUGUACAAUUUACCGACCAUGGUGCACCGGGUAUGGUUAUGUUUCAAUCGAAACCAUUGCAUGCCCAGGAUCUAAAUGAUKSCCUAAAAUAUAUGCAUGAUAAACAAAUGUUUGCCAAACUAGUUUUCUAUAUUGAUGCAUGUGAUCCAGGUUCAAUGUUUUAUAAUUUGUUGCCCAACAAUAUCAAUGUCUAUGCGGUAACAUCGGGUACUCAUAACGAGUUGACCUAUUUUUGGUGGUAUUCACCCACAUAUARAACAUAUAUAAGUGCCUGGUUUUUCUCGCAUUUUAUGAACAACACUGAAACCUAUGAUCUAAAUAAGGAGACACUGGAGGAACAGUACGUAUAUUUUGUUAACCGAUCCGAAAUACGUAAGGGUCUCUAUCAACACGCCUCCCAUUACGGCGAUCUAUCAAUUGGCCAAUUGCCGGCCUCACAAUUUUUCAGUACAAAAAAUAUCAAUGUAACCAAUGAUGAUAAUAAUAUGGUCGAUGAUAAUGAUAACUAUGAAUAUCAUGUAACUAAUGGACCCAACGAUCCCUAUAUAUUUAUGGCCGAAAAACGUAUCGAAUUGGCCGAUAAUAUUGAUGAUAAAUUACGACAAGUCGAAGCAUUGGAUAGACUAUUGAAAAGCCGUCAACUAAUUGACCAACAAUUUGAUGGUUAUGUCAAAAGUUUAGGCAAUUUGUUGCCCACAGGUGUUGGUAUCGAAUCGGUAGUCAAUAGUAGACUAGAGCUCAACAAUAAUAGACAGUGUUAUAGACAACUGGUCGACACAUUUCAUCAAAAGUGUAUCAGUCUAUCAAAGAAUCCAUACUUAUUGAGAAAAAUGCAAAUAUUUGUCAAUAUUUGUGAAUCAAUUGGUCARACAUUUGAAACUGAUUUAGCAUUUCAAGAAAUUUUCAAUUUAAGUGAUGAUUAA